UGUUUGUUCUGAUGGCAUAACUAUAAUUUUAAGAGCAUGGGAGGGCAAAUUCAAAUAAAGCUAUUUAUAAAACGAGGCUGAGGAGUACUCGAGGACUACAGUACUACUAACGGUACAGAAGAAAAAACAGAGCCAUGCAGUCCUCACUCUCUCUCACCGUCCAAAACCAGCGGCUCUCAUGGACAACACGUGGCCGAAUUCCGAACCCCCGCCUCACGCCGCCCAGCCCAAGCUUCAAAUUCCGGCGUCCAGCAGUUUGCGCGGUGGCGGCUCCGCCUCAGCGGCCGUCGCAAGUGACCCACUCAAUGCCGCCGGAGAAGGCCGAAGUGUUCAAGUCGCUGGAAGGGUGGGCCACCCGGAAUGUGCUGCCCCUCCUCAAGCCCGUCGAGCAGUGUUGGCAGCAGCAGGAUUUCCUGCCCGACCCGUCCUUGCCGUCGGAUGAGUUCGCCGAUCGGGUGCGGGACCUGCGGGAUCGGACGGCGGGGCUGCCGGACGAUUUCUUUGUGGUGCUGGUCGGCGACAUGAUCACGGAGGACGCUCUGCCGACGUAUCAGACGAUGAUCAACACGCUUGAUGGGGUCCGGGACGAGACCGGGGCGAGUCAGGAUCCGUGGGCCACGUGGACCCGGGCAUGGACCGCGGAGGAGAACCGACACGGGGAUCUGCUCCGGGCCUACCUUUAUCUAUCGGGUCGGGUCGACAUGCGGAUGGUGGAGCGUACGGUGCAGUACCUGAUCGGAGCUGGCAUGGACCCAGGGACAGAGAAUAAUCCAUACUAUGGAUUCGUCUACACCUCUUUCCAAGAGCGCGCCACCUUCAUCUCCCACGGCAACACCGCCCGCCUAGCCAAGGAGAGCGGAGAUCCCGUGUUGGGGCGCGUCUGCGGCACCAUCGCCUCCGACGAGAAGCGCCACGAGCACGCCUACUCUCGAAUCGUGGAGAAGCUUCUCGAAGUGGACCCCAACAGCGCCAUGCUCGCCAUAGCCGCCAUGAUGCGCAGGAAGAUCACCAUGCCCGCCCACCUGAUGUACGACGGCCGCGACCCUCGACUUUUCGAUCACUUCUCCGCCGUGGCCCAGCGGCUCGGGGUCUACACCGCCAGCGAUUACGCCGACGUCCUCGAGUUUUUGAUCGGACGGUGGAGAUUGGAAAAGCUGGAGGGGUUGACGGCGGAGGGCGCGCGCGCACAGGAGUCCGUCUGCGUGCUGCCGCCCAGGAUUCGGAAGAUGCAGGAGCGGGCGGAGGAGCGCUCGAGGAAGAUGGACCCGCCGCUGGCGAGGUUCAGCUGGAUAUUUAACAAGGAAGUGGCCUUGUAUAAAUGAGGAAUUUAUUUAUUUAUUUUUUUGAAAAAGGAAGAUAUUGUAAUUUUGUAGUUAAAAAUAUUUUGAAGCUUAAUUUAGCUGCACUUCGUUUAUUUUGAAAAAUAAUUACGAGAUAUGUUUUUAGCGACGA